AGAGGUGAAAGGGGGGGGGACUCCUCGGCUCGAGACGCUAUGGCGAUGACCCGGGGCCGGCUCGCGAUGCUGGCGAAAGAAGCUGCUGCCCUGGAGCCGCCCAUGGCCGCGGCCGCCGAGGACGAAGAGGAGGAGGAGGAGGAGGCGCCCGAGGAGGUGACCUUCGAGCGGGCGAGAGCCGCGGCGGAGACCGAGCGGAGACAAGCCGGGGAGACCGCGCGGAGGGACAGGGAGCUGCUGAAGGAGAAGCGGCGGCGGCGAGAGGAGUUGUUCAAAGAGCAGAAGAAAAGAAAAUUACUUCCUGAAAAUGUUCUAAAGGAGUUAACUUCAAGACCACGGAUUAACAACAAUAACCUGUCUGCCACAACCAAACAAGGUAAAUAUCGAAAGAAGAAUGAAGUACGUAACAGGAGACGGGACAAUAAAGGAAAAAAACGGGUUGUUAGAUUGAAAGGACGCUAUAUGGCUGUACGCUUAAAAGACCAAGAUCUAACCAGCCAGCACCAAAAAGUGGCCAAAGACUUUAUACAGAGUCAUCUAUAUGGACCAGGCACCAACCGAACAACUGCAAACCAGUUCUUUUCUUUUGCGAACAAGAAGAGUCCAGUUAAAAAAGCUGCAGUUCAGUUUGUGAACAAAUCUUGGGGAAAAGAGAAAAAACAGAAAGCUAAGCACUUUAAAAAAUGCUGGAUGUCUAAGAAGAAAAAGAAAAGCCCUCUAUGAUGGACAUGAAUGAAAUUUGCCAAGGAACAUGCUGGCUCUCUUUUUUUUGCUUGUCUGUA